UGAAACAGAGAAAGUACAGGGAGUGCUCAGGGAAGCGAACAGCUUGCUGCACAGCCUCUACUUGUCAGAGAUAACGCCUGAAGGAGGACAGCUGGAUUUGUUUCAGCAAUGUCCCCGCUUUGCUGACGGCACAACAUUCAUAUUCUUCUUUAGGGGCUGGAGCAUAUGAGAAGUCUGCUGGAAUUUCUUGCCUAUGAUAUUUCCAUUUUGAAUGGGCUUUCAGUUGCAAAGACUGUGUUUUGUACAAAAGCUCAUGCUGCCAUUUUUUUUCCUUUCAUUUAGUCUCAAAGGUGCUACGAGAUCUUUCUACAUACUGUGUUUCAUGUGUGGCUGUUGUUCUGAUAGAACGUGUGGCUUUCUGCUCCGCCUGAUUCCUGGAGACUACCUGGAGAAGAGUUCUGCGAAACGUGGAGGCCUGCGUUCAGCUUCCUCCAUUGGAAGCUGGUCCACAAGAGGUUCUUCCAUCUGUAAUACUGGCUACUUCAAUCAUCACACGAGCAAGGCUCUUCUACCAGCAUGGCGGAGGAAGAUCUUAUCUUUCACAUCGAAUGCAUCGAGAAUGCCAAGUUAACAAAAGCUGGAAGUUACCAUGACGCUGAUAGUGAGGAUGAAGAUAACUAUUAUAUCUGCUCAAUAACAGAUGAUCAUGACCCUAUCUCAAAUAAGGCAGGGAAUGGCAAAGUCAGUAACUAUUACAGUAACUUGGCUAAAAAUGAGCAAUAUUCUUCAAGUGCUUCUCCUCGAAAUUCUUUCCAUUUCAGGAAUGGCACUCAGCGGCAUUCUAAGCAUGGCUCUGUGGUUGACCGUAGCCGGGAAGCUUGGAAGCACGCCAUUGAGAAAGCCAAACACAUGCCGGACCCUUGGGCAGAAUUUCAUCUGGAGGAGAUUGAAACGGAAAAUGCCACACGUCACAGAUACAAUGCUGUUACUGGGGAAUGGAUUGAAGAUGAGGUUCUGAUCAAAAUGGCUUCACAGCCUUUUGGUCGUGGAGCGAUGCGGGAAUGCUUCAGAACGAAAAAGCUAUCCAAUUUUUUGCACACUCAGAACUGGAAAGGUGCCUUUAACUAUGUGGCCAAGCGAUACAUAGAAUCAGUGAACAGAGAUGUCUACUUUGAGGACGUAAGACUCCAAAUGGAGGCCAAGUUGUGGGGAGAAGAAUAUAACCGGCACAAACCUCCAAAACAGGUGGACAUAGUCCAGACCUGCAUCAUUGAAAUGAAGAACAGACCAGGCAAACCUUUGUUUCACUUGGAACAUUACAUUGAGGGCAAAUACAUCAAAUACAACUCAAACUCAGGAUUUGUACGGGAUGACAACAUCCGCCUCACCCCACAGGCUUUUAGCCAUUUCACGUUUGAACGCUCAGGACACCAGCUCAUCAUUGUUGAUAUCCAAGGAGUUGGAGACCUUUACACCGACCCUCAGAUUCACACAGAGAGUGGCACAGACUUUGGUGAUGGCAACCUUGGUGUACGAGGUAUGGCCUUGUUCUUUCAUUCUCACUCCUGCAACAAGAUUUGCAAAAGUAUGGGACUGACACCAUUUGAUCUCUCCACCAAAGAGAAAGAUGCCUUAUUUCGAAGUAACAAACUGCUUGAAUCUGCUCAGACUGUUCUGCGAGGCACAGAAGAAAAAUGUGGUAGUAGCCGGGUUAGGACCAUCUCAGGCAGUCGGCCUCCUCUGCUUUUCCGAUUGUCUGAAAAUUCAGGAGAUGAGAGCAUGAGCGAUAUGGCAUUUGACUCGUUGCCUUCGUCUCCGUCUUCAGCAACACCCCAUAGCCAAAAAAAUGAGAAUCUUCACUGGCCUGUAUUCAAUGAAGUUGACAACUUGGUUCAUCAUGAUCAUGAAGGCCUUGAUAAUCAGAGGGACUGUGAAAAUGGAGGUGAUAGUGGAUACCCCAGUGAAAAGAGGAGUGAACUGGAAGACAUGGAUCACAAAGGGCAUUCCAAUGGUAUCCGAAGACAUGAAAAUGAUGAAGACAGUCUGGGCAGUUCUGCAAGGGUCAGUGUGGAGAAAUGGAAUCUCUACAACGCGGCCAGAGUUCACAUUCACAGACCCUCCUGUGUUGCGGUGGAAGUGCAGAGGCUCAAUGCCUUGGAGCUUGAGAAGAAAAUUGGGAAAUCCAUCCUUGGGAAGGUUCAUUUAGCCAUGGUUCGAUACCAUGAAGCUGGCCGUUUCUGUGAGAAAGACAAGGAGUGGGAUGAAGAAUCUGCAAUAUUCCACCUGGAGCAUGCAGCUGACUGUGGAGAGUUGGAAGCCAUUGUUGGGCUAGGACUCAUGUACUCUCAGCUGCCACAUCAUAUUCUUUCUGAGGUCACACUAAAGGACAUCGAAGAGAAUAGAAUCAAAGGGUUUGAUUAUUUAUGCAGAGCAGCAGCAGCUGGAGACCGGCCUUCCAUGAUCCUUGUUGCAAGAGCAUAUGAUACAGGCCUUAACCUUGCUCCUGACAGAGGCCGAGACUGGAAGGAAGCUCUGUGUUGGUACAACGCAGCAUUGAACAUGACAGAUUAUGAUGAAGGAGGGGAAUAUGAUGGAACACAGGAUGAACCCCGCUAUCUCCUCCUGGCAAGAGAAGCAGAGAUGCUGAUGAGUGGAGGGUUUAAUCUGGACAAGGAUCCACAGAGAUCAGGUGAGCUGUACACAGAAGCCGCCGAAGCUGCUAUGCAAGCCAUGAAGGGCAGGCUGGCCAACCAAUAUUACCAGAAGGCGGAAGAAGCCUGGGCCAUGAUGGAGGAGUGAAACUUGAAAAGAAGUUGUUUACUUGUAUAUAUCAGACUGAUUUUUAAAAUAUUCUUAUUUUGUUUGGGGCAAAGAGGGUGAGGGGGGGGGGGGGAAGAAAGAGAAAAUAAUCUUUUUAUGUAUUGUUAACUUGUGUUUUUCAUAUGACGAUUUUUCUAACUCUGUUCCAACUGAAAGAUGAACAGAAAUGGUAAAAUGUACUGUUACUGGCAUUUCAGAGCUGUAGUAUCAACUGCUGUUGAUAUUUUUGUAAAAUAGUUAAACCAGGGACACCAACAUCUUCUUCAUUUGGAAGAAAUAAAAUUGAUGUCUGUUUAAA